AAGAGACAUUUUCACUUUCGAUUCCUGCUCCUCCAUACCACAAUGGCGUCUGCUGAUCUGAGGGCCGAGCUGGACUGCUCCAUCUGCCUGAGCCUCUAUACAGACCCUGUAUCCCUGAGAUGUGGACACAACUUCUGCCGCUCGUGUAUUGUGAGUGCGCUGGAUGCACAGGAGGCAGCUGGAGUGUAUUCCUGUCCUGACUGCAGAGCAGAAUAUCGGGGGCGUCCGGCCCUGGAGAAGAACAGGAAGCUGGGGACCAUAAUGGAGCGUUUCUUAUCUGCUCAGUCUGAUAUGGAGGAGACCGGGAUCUUCUGUACUUACUGUGACUCUCCUGUCCCGGCUGUGAGGACAUGUCUGCAGUGUGAGACCUCCAUGUGCCAUAAACAUCUCGGAGCCCAUAACAAGUCAGUGAAUCACAGUCUGAUUAAACCUACUGUGUCGUUUCUGCACAGAAAAUGCUCCACACACAAUGAGAUCCUGAAAUACUAUUGUCCGAUGGACGCCGCAUGUAUCUGUGUGUCCUGCUGGGUGGCCGGAGACCACAAGGGACAUGAUGUGGAGCUACCGGAUGUGGCCUCUGAGAAGGAGAAGGAGAAACUGAGACCUCUCAUUGAGAAACUGAAGUCUGAAAGAGAAGAAGCUGGAAGAAGAAUCCAGAGACUAAAGGAUCAUAAGACAGAACAGGGAGAGAAAUCGACCAGACUUGCUGAGAGGGUCACUGGUCUGUUCACUGAUAUCAGGGAGAAGCUGGAGGAUCUAGAAAAGAGAAUCCAGGGUGAGAUUUCCAGACAGAAGGAGCAGGUGUCACUCUCAGUCUCUGAUCUGGUCAGACAGGCGGAGCUACAGAAAUAUGAGCUGACCAAGAAGAUUAAUCAGUUUGAGGGACUAUGUGUAAUCACAGAUCCAUUGAUUUUGCUACAAGAAGAUUUAAAGACUUGUGACAUCAGUGAUAGGAGUGGUGAUGUCAUCCGUGAUGUAAGGGAUGCUCAGUGCUUGGAUGAAGGCUUAGUCUCACAGAUAUUACACAGAGGACUGCUACACUUUGCUGAUGAUCUGAUUGAUCUGAAGAUAAAGAGACAGUUCCCAGUGAUGGAGAAAUCCGACGUACUGCUGGAUACAGACACGGCUCAUAAUAACAUUAUUCUAUCACAGGAUCUCAGAUCUGCUUCUUAUACCACAACAUCACAGGACAGACCCGAUUUGCCCCAGAAGUUUAUAUCCUGUCAGGUUUUAAGCUCCCGCAGCUUCUCCUCUGGGAGACAUUACUGGGAGGUGGAUGUGAGUCGGGCAGAGAAAUGGAUCAUUGGAGUGGCCGAGGAAAGUCUGGAGAGGAAGGUUAAUGGGAAUGAAUCUUAUAUUGGUUAUAAUGUGAAAUCCUGGGGCUUAGAGUUAAUUAAUAGUUUUGGUGUGUGUCAUAACAAAAUCUUUACCAAGCUGGUGUCAGAUUCUCCUGUGAAGGUUGUCGGGAUCUAUCUGGACUAUGAGGCCGGGCGUCUGUCCUUCUAUCAGCUGUGUGACCCCAUCAGACACUUACACACCUUCACCGCCUCCUUCUCCGAGCCGCUCUAUGCCGCUUUCUAUCUGUUUAAAAAUUCUAGUAUUAUAAUUGUGAAAUAAUUACAAGAAAAUGGCGACUGUGAGGCUUUAAAGUGAAUCUCCACCUGUUUAUGUCAAAAAUUAUGUGCUUGUUAACUACAGAAUUUUAUCUUUAGAGCUAUUAGAACCCUCUUUUUCUGAUGCAGAGCUCCAAAUCCCCUGCAUAGACAUAGGGCUGUCCAGCUUUUUUUUUCAUUUAUUUUUUAAUUUCGACCCAGCCUGCUGUACCUGUGGAAAAAAUCCGGAAUCCACACCUGAGGUGUGAAAGUAGCUUCAUAACAAAGACCCUCCAUGCCCCUUAUCAGUUUAGUCGCUCUUCUCUGUACUUUGCCCAGCUAUAGGGCAUCCUUUCUAUAGACUGGUGUCCAGAAGUGAAUUGCAUAUUCCAGAAGAUGAGGCCGCACCAACGAUUUAUAAAGUGGUAAUAUCACAUCCCUGCCCCGUGAGUCCAAGCCUCGUUUUUAAUACAUGACAAUAUCCUGCCACCCUUACAAGCAUCUGACUGACAUUGUGCUGUUAUUUCAUCUAUGAUCUACGGUACAUGCACGUAGAUUAUUACUACCCAGAUGGUGAUGAAAUCCUGUAUUUCACAAAACCUAUGCCUCUCUUCACAACUGAACUGCUGUCAUUGUCUAAAUGCAUCUAAAAUAAAAAAAAUGUGGAUUGAAUCUUUUAUUUUGUGUACACAGGCAGACUUCUGGUUUUCCAUGGUAACAGACCACAAACAAACCCUUCGUAGUCUGAUCCUGCCGUCACACUCCCUUCUAUCUGACCCGUCCUAAAUGUAGAUGAGCAAGAAGUAGGGGACAGAGCUGUGACUGCAGGAUUGUACUUGUUUGUUGUCUGUUACCAUGGAGACACAUAGGUCUGCUGAGGAGUUGUAUACACAAAAUGAUAGGUUUUUAAUCAAGGUUUACUGUAAAGUUUUUUUUUUUUUUCAUUUUAGAUGCAUUGGGAUGAUACAAAAAUGCUGUGCGGAUUUAAAUGGGCUUUAACAUUUAACAAUUAGAAAUAUUUAGCCAAAUUUUUAGAUAUCAGAAUAUUAUAUAUUUUUCUAUGACUGUCUGUCUGAUAAUUAAGUAAUGACAUAUCAUUGUUUAGUAAUUGCUGCUGUAUUAUGUAUUCAUUUUGAUUUUAAAAGAUCAGUAUCUAUCGUAUAUCACUUGAUUGCUGUAUUCUUCUUCAUUUACUUCUAGUAAAAAAAAUUACACCGCUGAUAUCAUCAGUUCAUUUCUGGAGACGCCGGAUGAGAUCUGAUCGCUGAAAUCUCUUUUUGACCGUUCACGAAACUUCUACUUAUCUCACUAAUGAGUGACCAGAUAGCGGUACCCAGACCAGCCAGAAGACAUGUCAGUCCAUUUUUGGGGUCAUGAAUCAGGCGUGUGACCAAGGUCUGUUUGUAAAGAUAUAGCUUAUGGGGAAUUCUUUGCCGAGUACUGUUUAUGGUGGCCUGUUUGGGGGAUAACAAG